CUAACAGGCAUCCAGCUUCCCCUAUUACUAUCCCACCCCACGCAGAUGGCAACAAUCCAGUAAAGGGGACCUCAAUCACCGUAGUCUAACGUGGACCCUCCCCUCUCAUCAUCAUAAUAAGUUACUAAUUAAAAUGACUAGUGUAACCUAAGCGGUGAACGACAAACAAAAGAAUAAGAGUGUCUGCACGAUCGGAGCUCGGCGCUGUAGCUGGAGACUGUGUGCGCGUUUUACUGAUCACAUCUGUCUGUCUAGUUUUCGAGGUGCUAUGACAGGGUCCUCUUUGCAAAAAAUGAAAAAUGACUGACAAGAAGCAAAACGGAGAUGCGAGGACAGACUCAAGUACGGUAGAUGAUGCUAUUGACUUUACCUAUAAAGAGAAACCAUGGAAACCGCCGACAGUCUUAAGAUGGAGCAAAAUCAUAGCGUUUAGCCUCCUACAUCUGGGAGCACUUUACGGACUGAUUCUCAUUCCCUCCGCAUCGCCUUCAACCCUUGCAUGGACUGCAUUUUGCUACGUCUUCAGUGGUCUUGGUGUGACUGCUGGCGCACACAGAUUAUGGAGCCACAGAUCCUACAAGGCCUCCUUUCCUCUGCAAGUCUUUCUUGCCUUUGCCAACUCCAUGGCAUUUCAGAAGAACAUAUAUGACUGGGUGAGGGACCAUCACCUCCACCACAAAUAUGUAGGCACAGACGCAGACCCCCACAAUGCCUCACGGGGAUUUUUCUUCUCCCACAUUGGUUGGCUCCUGGUCCAAGAACAUCCUGACUGCGCUGAAAAGAAACAGCAACUCAACCUGUCUGACCUGACGACAGAUAAAGUGGUUAUGUUCCAGAAACGACAUUACAUGGUGUCUGUGCUAGUCUUCUGGUUCCUUGUGCCCAUGCUGGUUCCCUGGUACCUCUGGGGUGAAUCCUUGGUUGUGGGGUGCUUUGUCCCUGGGCUCCUGAGAUAUGUUGCACUCCUAAAUGCCACCUGGCUUGUAAACAGUGCUGCACACAUGUGGGGCAACAGACCUUAUAACAAGAACAUCAACCCAAGGGAAAACAAGUUUGUUUCUUUCAGUGCCAUAGGUAAGAUUUUCUUUUUUUCUUUUUCUUUCUUUCUUUCUUUCUUUCUUUCUUUCUUUCUUUCUUUACAAUUCAUUAAAGUUACUGUUUGCAGUCAGGUCCUUAACUGUAUGGACAGUGUCACAAUUUCUUAAUUUAACCUGUGUAUAUAGCACAACAGCAGAUUUCAAAAAGCUGAAAUGCAGACUUUCAGCUUGAAUUCAGUGGGUUAAACAGACAAUUUUUGCAUUAACUGUUUGGGAAUUGCAGUCAUUUUUGUACACAGGUUCCCAUUUUCAGAGAAUCUAAAUUAAUUGGAGAAUUGACUGAUAAGGCCAGGUGAGGCCUGCUCUUAUUUCAUUAAAAGUUAAGCACAUAAAAGCUAUGGAGUCUGAUUCCAAGUGUUUAACUUCAGUUUGAUAUCUUCUAGCUGAACCCUCAAUUUAAGGUUCAAAGAGAUAUAGGCUGAAAAGCCAAAACUAAACCUCAGAGGACAAAAAAAAAUUAGGAGAGGCCAAAUCAAAAAUCUAGCAUGUUAGUAAGAACUAAUGUACUGACCAGCUCGACAACGGUGACAGGCCUGAAAGACUACAGAAGAGAGAGAUGAUCACGGAGUUUUUUCCAUGGUGCAGACAAAUGACUUUACAACAUCGAAGUCAAGAUCAUAAUGACCUAGAAGGUGCCAGACUUAUUGUAAUCAAGGUAUAAAUAUAAUGAGAAAAUGUUUUCACAAGUAAAAGGAUAUUAAUCACAGGUGCUUAGCUUAACAGACAAAUGUGUGUUGUCUGAUUAGCUUGAGAUUCCUGAUGGCAUUAAAACUGUGCAGCACAGUUGUGAAGGCUUAGAUGCAGGAUGCAGUUUCAUCUUGUGCCAGUUUCAGUGCGAUAUAAUCUGAAAGUAGAUGCUUUUUUUGUUUUUUUUUUUUGUUUUGGUAGCUUGUAAAUUACAGAUGUAUGUAUGUAUGUAUGUAUGUAUGUAUUUAUUUAUUUAUUUUUCAAGAUUUUUAAAUGGAAAAACGAGUGUACUCGGCAUCAAAUUAUCCUUCACAUGCUUCAACCAGUGUCUGUCUUCCUACUGCUUUUCUGUGAUGAGUUAUCAUCACCAGCCCUCGUCACUGAAGUUAUGGCUCUGAAGUCAAUUUCUUUUUG